GCGGGGGAGCCGGGAGACCGCGCCGGGCAGCGGAUGAGGCGCGGCGGCUGCGGCCCCGAGCGCCUCCCCCCGGCUUCACGAUCCCUGCCCGGCCCGACCCGAGGGGGAGGAUGGCAACACCAGCCGCGCUCUGAGCCCCUCGGGAGGAGAACACCCUCCCCGCCACCGCACCCGGCGGCCCUGCGGGGGCCGCCGCCUCGCCCCCUGUCCGGCUCUGUCCCCCGGAGCGCGGCCGCGCGGAAAAGCGGGCAUGGCGGAGACCCUGAGGAGGCUGGUCUCGAACCAGACUUUGCGGACGCUGCAGGACAAGCUGGACUGCUGGCUGAAGGAGUACGACACAAACACGUGUGAUGAAAAUCUAAACUAUUGCCUUGAACUCAUUGAACAAGUUGCCAAAGUGCAGGGACAGCUCUUUGGGAUCCUCACUACAGCGGCCCAACAAGGAGGACAUAAUGACGGUGUGGAAACGAUCAAAUCGCGCCUUUUGCCCUGGCUGGAGGCUUCCUUUACUGCCGCUUCCAUGGGAAAACCUGUUGACAGCAGGGUCCCCUCUCUGCAGGACACAUUUGACAAGGAGAGAUAUAAAGAUUCUGGCCCUCGGGAUCGUGACAUACAACAAUUAGACUCCGACUUGAGCUCGACCCGUAAUCAACUCAACAAGGUUCAAGACGAUCUGGCUGAAACUGAAAAGACUCUUGAAGAAACCAAGACCAGAUCGGCCAUAUCCCUUUUGGCUGCAGAGGAGGAAAUAAAUCAGCUAAAAAAGCAGCUGAAAUCUCUGCAAGCGCAGGAGGACGCCCGCCACCGCAGCUCGGACUGGAGGGGCUCGGAGAGCCGGCGCGCGUCCUCCAAGCGCAGCUCAGACCCGCGCAUCGCCGACACCAAGUCCGACUACGAGAAACACCUGCGGAACCUCAAGGACGAGAUAGCCGUUCUGUCUGCCGAGAAAUCUGCGCUCCAAGGAAGGUCCACCAGGAGCCGGUCUCCCAGCCCCGACGCCUACAGCCGCAGCCAGAGCCGCAGUGGCAGCCACAGCCGCGGUCGCAGCCGCAGCCGCAGCCGGUCUGGCAGCCCCUCCACCGGCAUAAAGAUCAGGACCCCGUCCCCGAACCGCUCCAAGCUGUCCAGCGUGGCGCGCAAGGCCGCCCUCCUGUCCCGGUUCAGCGACGCCUAUUCCCAGGCCCGCCUGGAUGCGCAGUGUUUGCUGCGACGCUGCAUCGACAAGGCCGAGACCGUGCAGCGCAUCGUCUACAUCGCCACCGUGGAGGCAUUCCAUGUAGCUAAAAUGGCAUUCAGACAUUUCAAGAUCCAUGUGAGGAAAUCGUUGACACCAUCUUACGGGGGGUCGAAUGACUUUGAGAAUGCUGUCUCGGAUUAUAUCGUUUGUCACCUUGAUAUGUAUGAUGUCCAGAGCAGUGUCAAUGAUGUGAUCCGAGCCAUGAAUAUCAACCCCAAGAUUUCGUUCCCUCCUGAAGUUGACUUUUGCCUCCUCAGUGACUUCAUCCGGGAGAUAUGCUGCAUUGCUUUUGCAAUGCAGGCCUUAGAGCCGCCCCUAGAUAUUGCAUUUGGGGCAGAUGGAGAAGUUUUUAAUGAUUACAAGUACCGCCGCAGCUACGACUCGGAUUUCACCGCUCCCUUGGUCUUAUAUCACGUGUGGCCUGCUCUCAUGGAGAAUGACUGUGUCAUUAUGAAGGGAGAAGCUGUCACCAGGAGAGGGGCUUUUUGGAAUUCGAUUCGAUCUGUAAGUCGAUGUCGAAGCAGGAGUUUAAGUCCCAUUUGCUCCCGUAGCCGUAUUGGUUUAAGCACGGUAUCUCGAAGUCGGAGCCCUUCUCCAAUAAGAUGUACAUUGCCAAGGUUUUAAAGCCACCAGACCUGUUCCUUUGCCGCAGUUCAUCGUAGCAGCCGACCUCCCGGCGCCUCCACCUGCCCGCUGUCUGCCUCCGACCUCACUUAAGAUAAUGUGAAAAGGCAAUUCUGUGUACCACUCCGCACAGAGACUUAAAUGUUUUGGCUUAGCGUGUUUGUAACUUCAGAUAUAUUGCAUUUUAUUUUAUUUUAUUUUAUAGACACAAAUUCCAUUAAUUUCAUAAAAACGAUUGCAUAGGCGUUUAGGAUCAUAUUCAUUCAAAGCAAAGCCCAUUACAAAGGCUCAGGAUUUCCAUCCUGAAACACUAGGCUCUUUUUAACAGCAACUGUUUGAACUAAAGUGGAAAGAAAGUCUUGACCACACUGAGUCCAAAAGAAAAGACGAGUCAUUUUAAUUUACAGAGUGAUCAUAAAUAUUAUAAUUGUGGGUAUCAGCUUUCACUUGAAGCCAAUACUGGGUGUUUUAAUAUCCUCUUACAGUUUGGGGAACUCAUAUGAGUAGCAGUGACUUAAGGCUAAAUGUAGAAGAUGACAAUUUACGAGAAUAUAAUUAGUUGGCUGGCUUCUCUGUUCUUGUUUGGAGAGUGCCCAGUUUGAGUUAGUAGAGCACUGAAUGAAUGUGGAAGCUACUUAGUUGAGAGAAUUUUCUUGCUCUGUAAAUGUGGAGCAGCGAUUUGAUUAGAAGCCAGCUUUAGAUAAAUGUUAGUCACCUCCUGUUUAUCUCCUAGGAAUGCUUUGUACUGUUUUAAUGCUUGUGUCAAAUGUAAAAGUUCCCUGGGACAUGCAUUUUACCUAUUCUGCCUAGCUGUUUGCGAAUUCAGACCUCCUAUGAACUCCAUCUGACUAAAAAUACCUGAACUCAAGGCCUAAAGCUAGGGGCACCGUUUAUUGAUUUGAUUUAGGGGCACCAAUUAUUGAUUUUAAAUUGAGCAUAAAUCCCUUGAUCCCUUGACUUCUUCACUCUCAAGUACUCUUCUUGAAAGUUCACGUUCAAAAUAAGAACGGAAUGUUGCUUUCUCGAGAUAAGUAAUGUUCUUUCUGCUUUUUUCUUCUUUCACUUUCAAGCCAGCCUUAAAUGCAAGCCUCACAUAUGUCUGCUUUCUCCAUAUGCCUUUUAGAGAGACACUUUGAAUUGGCCACAGGUCAGUUUGCACAAGUUCAGUGCCAGAACCAGCACCCAGUACUCUGCAGGCCAAAACAAACAAACAGCAGCAACUUCUCUAAAGCGUCUUCCGCCUGGGCUGGAGGGUGGAUGGGUUGGGGGGGACUUCCGCAGUCCCUGCCCCUUGAGUCUACUGGUCACCCCCUCAUUCUGAGCCGUGAGUUUAAUUUUUCUCCCUCUUUGCGUAUUUAUGUAGUCAUCACUUUGAGGCAAUGGAGUGUUCUAGAAGGAGCACCAGAUGCUUAGGUAGCUGCUAGUCCUACCUUGGUCAUUAACUUGCUUUGUGGCCUUGAGCAAGUUAUUUUACCUCUCUGAGCCUCAGUUUCAUUGUAGAGCGAAGAGGUUGGAUGAAAUUAGUGGUUCUCUCAACCCUACCAGACCCAAUGUCCCUUUUACAAUAAGUAUUUUAUCCAGAUAUCCUGAAAUGAAAAUCAAAGUUAAUAUAACCUAUAUGCACGUGUAGUUUUAAACAAUGAACAUAGUACUCUAACUGAAUAUAAAGCAGAAAAAAGGAAAAUAAUUUUUCAUAAAAUGUAUUUCACUAAAAAAGCUUGGGUAUAACCACCCUAGAGGAUUAAGUUGUUAGAUGCCUGAACCUGUAUGUAGAGUCAUCAGCUACAAAUGCAGAUCAGUGUGUGCACUGGCAACUGAAAAUCACAGUGUGGUAUCAGACACGGCUGUCUGAAAUGGCGAACAACCCUUGGUAAUGUCUCAAACAGAAAAACCUGCAGUCUUAGUUAACACAGCAAUUGCAUUCCUGGAAAAUUCAAUAUAUAUUAAAACCAUGCCACAGUUACUUUGUGUUAUACGUUAAAACAUUUUUUCCUAAAAUUUCACUAAGUAAUGAGAGUGCCUACAUAUUAGAAUUGUUUUUCAGGAACUGAGCACAUACCCUGAUUUGGAAAAAGGUCACACAUAGCUCGGUUUAUUUGCUGUGCUCUCUGUCUGGCCGCUUGCUGUUGUUCAAGUUUCUGAUUUGAGCUGUAACUACACAGGGAAAGCUGAAUCGUCUAGAAUAAUUUUUGAAAAGAAUUUACAAAAUCAAAGGAGGCUGACUGAUCUGUACUCAUUCAUCUGGGCAUGUACCUUAACCUUAGGGACUUCGAAAAAUGAAAAGCUCUUAUUUUGUAACCUGCGUAAAUGUUAGUUUCUUAUAUUAUUGGUUUAACAUCUAAUAAUAAAAUCAAGAAAAAGUGUU